AUGGGGCUGACCACCUUCUCCUCAGAGCAUUGUCAGCGAGGAGUUCGAGAGCCGAGUCCUCAUGGGGUGAGCGUUACUAAAACCCGCCGGACUUUAUGUAAGUGUGGCAAGCACCAGCCCCAUAAAGUCACACAGUAUAAGAAGGGCAAGAGUCUGUAUGCCCAGGGAAAGCGGCGUUAUGACAGGAAGCAGAGUGGCUAUGGUGGACAGACUAAGCUGAUUUUCCGGAAAAAGGCUAAAACUACAAAGAAGAUUGUGCUGAGGCUUGAAUGUGUUGAGCCCAACUGCAGAUCUAAGAGAAUGCUGGCUAUUAAGAGAUGCAAACAUUUUGAAUUGGGGGAAAAUAAGAAGAGAAAGGGCCAAGUGAUCCAGUUCUAAGCUUCAUAAAAUUAUAAAACCGUAAGACCAUAAAAUUAUGAGGUUAUGUUAUUUCACUUCAUUUGGUUGCAGUUGGCCUUUUGGGAGGGGAAUAAACUAGUGCCAUCAAUAAAAUUCCCCCUGUGGGGAAAUUUAUGCUUGA